GCCGCCUGUUAGGCCCUUCAAGGUCUCUGAAACGAAACGGCGACGUAUUUAAUGGAAUCUAACGUUUUAACCGUGUAUUUUUACCGUCACGUUUCUAGGGUACUCAAGGUAGAUUUUGGAAAGGCCUAAGUUGCAGUUGCUUAACAGGUAUAGCAGAAUAUAGAACUAUGAGUCAGAUAUUACAAGUUCACGCUUUCCUCGAACAUUCUUUCUCAAAGAAUGAGAACUUAAUCCCGGACUCCCUAAAACAUGACUUAAUUCACCAACGAACCCAAAUACCGUAUCAUAAUAUCCCAAUACAUAGAGAUGGUAUGACGGGGAAAAUAGUGGAUCCUGAUGUUAAUUUUAAACGGUCAUGUGCUACGGCUACAUCUUGUGCAAUAAAUACUGCCAACACCAGGGUUGAACCAACAAUUAUGAAAUCCAUCCAUGAAAUUCGUAGACAGGCUCUUCGUUCAACUAAGACGGAGUUUAAUCUAUGGAGUUGUAUACGUAAAUCACCUGACUGUUCUGGUGAUUUACCAACUGUCCCUAGUAUAAUUGAUGAAUUAUUGAGAAUGGCUUCUGAGGAUGUGGUUCAGAAUUGGUGUUUUCCAAAGGGAUAUUUUCUUCGACUAACAGCUCAGAUAAAUGAAGCAGGAACUUUCUUACUACCCAAAAGAGAAACGAUCACGUUUCUUAAAAGACGAAUAAGGAGCUGCAAACCACGUGAAUCCUAUGCUACAAUCGAGGAUACUGCAACACCACUCCCGACCUUAACAAAGUUAAUUCAGAAUCCAGCAUUGAAUUGGGAUUUCGAGCUUGACACAUUUCAGAAACGUGCAAUCCUUUGUCUUGAAAACAACAAAACAGUGUUUGUCUCAGCACAUACAUCUUCCGGUAAAACGGUGAUUGCAGAAUACGCCUGCGCUAUUUGUUUACGUCGUGGUUCACGUGUCAUCUAUACGAGUCCAGUUAAAGCACUUUCCAAUCAGAAAUUUCAUGAUUUUAGGGAAAGAUUUGGUGAGAAUGUAGGACUAAUUACUGGGGAUAUCAAACUAGCUCAAGAAGCAUCAUUGCUUGUCAUGACCACUGAAAUAUUAUAUAAUAUGUUGUGUAAUGCAUCUGAGAUUAUCAAAAAUCUUGAAAUUGUAAUCUUGGACGAGGUACAUUAUAUUAAUAAUCCAGACAGAGGUUACGUAUGGGAGCAGAUUAUGAUAAUGCUUCCUAAGCAUAUUCUACUAGUAAUGUUAAGCGCCACUGUACCAAAUAAUUAUGAAAUAGCUGAUUGGUUAGGACGUGUACGAGGUUGUGAGAUUCAUGUCAUCGCAACAGAUAAACGCCCUGUUCCACUGGAACAUUACCUAUAUACUGGCAUGACGGAACAACAUACAUCCCACCUUCACCUUAUUGUAGACAAAGAUGGUCACUUUAUAGAUUCAGGUUAUCAGGCAGCUGCAUUGUCGAAAAAUACUGGAGGACCAUUAUAUCGUACUCCUGCUUGUAGAGGGAAAGAUGCUUUCAUUAUGCAUACUAAAAAUACAUGGCUUGGAUUCGUUAAUUUACUAAAAGAACAAAAUCUUAUGCCUGCGAUAGCAUUUGCAUUCUCUCGAUCAUCCGUUGAAACAUUAGCUAAAAAUCUAUCAUCAGUAGACUUAACAAGUAAAUCUGAAAAACAACAAAUUACGAAGUUUUUCUCUACAAUUACUGGUCGCUUAAGAAAAUGUGAUCGGAAACUUGCUUCAGUUAAAUUUCUUCAUGAUUUAACUAGAAGAGGACUAGCUGUUCAUCAUAGCGGGAUGUUACCUAUAUUAAAAGAAACGGUGGAACUUUUAUUUAGAGCUGGUUUAGUGAAAAUUCUUUUCGCUACAGAAACAGUUUCUACGGGAGUUAAUACACCUGCACGUUGUGUAGUCUUUACGUCGCUUGAAAAAUUUGAUGGUCAUAUUAGACGGUCUUUGGAUCCAAGUGAAUUUACUCAAAUGGCUGGUCGAGCAGGUCGUCGUGGUAUAGACGCCAAAGGUCUUGUAAUUAUUUUGGUUAGUACUAUUGGUAAAUCGUUAAAAUCAUCUGUCACUGGUCUACCGACUGAAAGUCUUUUGCGAAAUAUGAUACUUGGAAGACAAACAAGAUUAAUUUCAAGAUUCAGGGUCACUUAUUCUAUGAUUUUAAAUUUACAUCGAUCAUCUUCACUAACUCCACAGGAUAUUAUGAAGCGUAGUUUUAUGGAAGCAGCAAGUCAUCGAUGGGAGACUAAACAAAGACAACAUUUAUCAGUAUUAAAUAAAAAGAUAAAUGAAACUACUAAAAUAAUCUCACAUAAUAAUAAUACUGAUAAUAAUAUUAGUAAUAUUAUCAUCCAGACAUCAACUAUUACAAUUUCAACAUCCAUUGAGGGUACUAGUGAUUCGUUUAAAUCUCUGAUUGAUAGUCUUGAUGUACAGGUUAAAUGUCCACAUGAUGGAGUUGAAUGCUGUGAUUCCAUAGGUCAAUACUAUCAAUUGUGUUAUAAAUAUCGUCAACUAACAAAUUCAAUUAUUUCUACACUUGAUGUAAAAUAUGCGCAACGUUUACAGCAAAUUUUUUGUCCCGGUCGUUUAAUAUUACUCCAGUUAAUAGUAAACAAGUCUGUUUGGUUAGUACCAGCCGUUAUUAUAAAUUACCAUUGGAAAACAAAGAAUAAUGAUGCUGGAAAUCAAAUAAUGCUCAAUGUUAUUCUAUGGGAACUACCUGCUAAUUUACCGAAUUCGUUGACAGUUAUCAAAAAACAGGAAGACGGACAGUCCUCCUCAUCAGAAUUAGUAUUAGCAGUAUCUGGAAGUGAUACUGUCACAUAUGAACAAAUGAAUAAUAACAAGAAUACUAAUUACCAUGAAUAUGAUGAAAUUGAAGAGGAAAUUCUACGUAAUUCCAUUAGUGAAGGUAGAACGACAACAAUACCAGUUCCACCACAUUUAAUGCCAGUUUUUGUGCCAUUUUCAUUAUGCGAUGGAUAUUCACGUUUAACACGUCAAUCAGUUCCAUUAAGUGAUUCUCUUGUGAGAAUCUGCGAUCGAAUUGUUACCUUCCAAGAUAUGGAAUAUAAUCUAGUUGAUGACGGUAAUUCGAAAUUACAUUUGAGUAUUUCAGAACUUUUAUUACAAAGCAUUAAACAACUUAUUAUUCGGCGAAAAGAUGAUACUAAAUUGUUAUCUGUCGAUGUCAAUAAUCAUCAGUUUGAUCAGCAUUUACAAGUUAUUAAUUUGGCACUUUUUAAUUGUGUAAAUUCAAUAGUACCACAGGAAUCAGCAUUAACAUCAGCGGUUUACUAUACUACUCUAAUAAAUACACCAAAACAAAUGGAUUUUAAAAAGGAUUUAAACCUUGUAAUGGAUGACGAGGAUAUUUGCUUAUUUGAUGAAUAUUCCACGCUGAAUGAUCAAUUAACAAUUCCUCUUGCAAACGGCACGAUAACAGCAUUCAGUUCAACAAAUCUAUUGAAAUGUCCAAAUUUACUACAACAUUUAAAACUUGUUCAUCAAACAAUUCGUCGGAAAUUUGCGAUUAACAGUAUCGAAAAUAAUUUAGCCAAUUGUCAAUUACAACUUUCUAAUGAAUAUACAGGACGUUUGAGUGUUCUGAAAGAACUUGGAUUUAUUGAUUCGGCAACACAAAGUUAUUGCCUUAGUUUUAAAGGUUUCUUUGCAUGUGAAUUAACAAGUAAGGAAGUUUUAUUGACGCAACUUUUACUCGACGGUUUUAUUGACGAUUUAUUGGCUCCUGAUAUUGCAGCUGUUCUCUCAGCGUUUUCCAAUGAACUAAGAGCACAAGAUCUUACUCCAGAAAAGACAACUAGCUAUUAUCUUAAAGAAUUAAUUGCUUCAAUAAAUUGUACUGCUUCUACUACUACAACUAAUUAUACAAGCAAUUUUAAUCUUCAUAAGGAUUUGGAAUGUAUUCCUCGUCAUUUACUUUUAGUAUUCAAAAACAUUCUAACUCGUGCAUCUGAGGAAUUAUUUUUAAAAGAAAAGAGAGCUGACGAUACUUUAAUGCAUCUGUUCAGUACGAAUCAACUGUUUCUAAUUAGUGAGAAUUUUCAUUUAAUCAGUCAUAAGCACAUAUGAGCAUCAGUCCAAGUUGUCAAACCAUAUCAGUACGACAAAACUGAAUUAUCAAGACAAACCAGAGAAAGAGAAGUAGUUAUAGAGUCAAUGGUAGGACAAAACAUAGAUAUACAAUGUUUCUUGAAAAAUACCUUGACGUGGUGGUCGGGCUUGGCUAUUGUGAUGAACCAAUCGAGCUAUAUUGGCAGGAACAACCGUUCCUCAAGGUCCUAGCACACCAGACAGGUCGGUUGAAGAGCAGUAAGACUAAAAGCAGCAAACUCAAGUUCUGAGGGCGAAGUCGUACUUCUGACUGUACAGCAAAGUGACGGCAUUAAGGUGUUUCCUUCAGACAACCAGCGUAACAGCGAUGCUGCCUUUCCGUAAGGGGGGGGGUGGGGUUAGAAAUGGUCAACCCUAAAAAUGCACACCUCGUCUUAUCCCACGGAUAUCCGUCUCCGGCGGUACGAUUCCAAAAAGUACGGAGCUAGCAUGAAAAUUACUCACAUGAAAGUCUUGCGUGACCGGCCUCAAGCAGUAGCCCAUUGGGUACUGAGGUCACGCUCUCAGGUAACUCCAGAAGAACCAUUCCACGGUAUGAGCAACCGGGAAGUGAUAACUGCCUUCAUAACUCUAGCAGCACUCAAGAUCAUUAUAUUCAUGAUCAGUCUCCCUCUUCAAUUCCGAUUAUUCCUCCUACAUCGACUUUCAACACUAAACCUCCUCUUUUGGUUUCCUCUUCAAGUGUCACCAUAGCCAAAGAUUCUAGUGCGUAAAACAUUGUCCCAGGUCUACUGAAACCGCGCUCCAAACUACACAUUGGAGCCUUCAACGUACGCACCCUGUGUCAAAUCGGCCAGCAGGCAUCCUGAGCUAUAACACUAGAAUCUUCUACCAUUGAUGUAUGAUGUGUCUCCGAAACACAUACAGGAUCCUACUGUGGUCAUUCACUUGACGUCAACUCGUCAAAACGGAGAGUCGAUGGAAUGCACUCUCCGUGUAUCUGGCGACGCGGUGGCUAGUUUUCUUGGACUGGCGGGUGUAGACAUAGCACUAAGUACGAGGGCAGAACAAGCACUAUUGGAGUGGAUCUCCAUUAACGGUCGUCUAUGUGCUGUUCGGCUAAACGGCUCCGUUAGCUAAAAUCCGGGAGUUGGAUGUAAUCCCAUCUGGCUGGUCAUAAUCACUUAUCGUCCAAAUAUAUAAGAAAGGGUCAUUAAAAGGCGUACUUCAGAAGUACAUGAACCUGGCGAAGACUCUUUACUCGAACACUAGUCGAGCCAGGGCCCUAGUACGACCGAGAAUGGGGAGGCCUCGCCCUCCCUCUCCAAACGGCCUCAUACGCCCACGCGUAUACAGCCUCUGCCUGGUCUUGCUGGCGUUGGUGUCGCACUAAGCGCUAGAGCUGAGGCAGCACUAAUCGAUUGGAUCCCCAUUAACAGUCGGUUAUGUGCUGUUAGAUUAGAAAGUUCCAUCAAAGUGAGAAGAAACAGGCGUGAGAAACGAUGUCUUUUCAUCAUCUCCGCCUGUGCCCCGACAGAUUGGAGCCCAGGAUGAAUUUUACCACCACUUAACUGUUCUUCUCCAGAAAGUGCAUUCGACAGAUAUUUUAGUACCAGCCGGAGACUUGAAUGCUCAGAUCGGGCGUCUAGGCACAGAAGAGAAUCAUUUAGGUGGCCGACGGGGAACUUGUUGGUUGCAGGUCAAAUAACGGAAACCGUCUACUGCAACUUUGCACAGACCACAACCUGUUUCUGGCUAGCACUAACUUUCGGCACAGUCAUCGCCGAUGUGCCACCUGGCGUCCUCGCUCUGCAUCCCAAGCCUGGACUCAGAUUGAUCACAUCGCGAUCAGCUAUCGCUGACGUGGUUGUGUACAAGACUGCCGCUCCUUUUGGAGUACCUAUCUGGACUCUGACUAUGCCCUGGUCUGCGCCAAUCUUACCUUACUUUUUAAUGGCCAACGAAGUGAGCCCCACCGAAGUAUUGAUGUUAGCAAGCUGGUUGCAACUUCUGUUGCUAGUAAGUAUCGAACCGAGCUAGCUUCUAGGCUAGCUACCAUUCCACCGAAAAGUAUAGAUGAGCUUUGGUUGCAACUGCUUGACGUCAGUUGUGCGUUUGCGAAACGUCCCGCUUAUAAGCACUGGGUUUCUUCAGGCUCCUUACAACUCAUUGAAGCCCGUCGGUCUACUACGGCUAACCGUGAGAUUGACCACAAACGUAAUGAAAUCAGGCAAAGAACCGAGAAGCAUGGUGGUCGGAGCGUGCUAAUGAGCUGGAAACGGGUGUGCCCCUAUAUACAAACACCUCAAACAGAGUGAGGGCAUACAACCACCUUUCUCCAUUGUUCCAUUCGAGCAGUGGGGUUAGACAGGGUUGCCCAAUCUCACCAUUCCUCUUCAACUUUGCCAUCGAUGACAUUCUGGAAACAGCUCUGAUGGAUGUAGGUAAUGGUGGUGUGGAUCUGUUGCCUGGAGAAAGACUUCUCGACCUUGAGUAUGCGGAUGAUAUUGUCUUACUGUGCGAUAAUGCCCAAGGCAUGCAAUCCGCACUUAAUCGGUUGGCAGUCAAUGUCCGUAGGUACGGUAUGUGCUUUGCACCUUCCAAGUGCAAAGUACUUCUACGAGACUGGCAGGAUUCUAAUCCUGCACUCACCCUGGAUGGGGAGCACAUAGAAGUAGUCGAGAAGUUCGUGUACCUAUGUAGCUGCAUAAGUGCUGGUGGUGGAUUGAGUGUCGAGAUCAAUACACGUAUAGUGAAAACCAGAGCGGCUUAUGCUAAUCUGGGUCAUCUUUGUCGCCUUCGUGAUGUCAGUCUGGCUGUAUAAGGUCGGAUCUAAAACGCGUCGGUGAGAGCAGUUUUGCUCUAUGCUUGUGAAACCUGGACUCUCCGAGUUGAGGACGUUAGACGACUCUCUGUGUUCGAUCACCGCUGUCUCCGAAAGAUAUCUGACAUCCAGUGCAACACCAUGUUAGUAAUACGGAGGUUUGGCAUCGUGUGUUCGGGCACAGAGACGACAAUGCGGUUGGUGUUACCAUCUUGAAACACCGACUUCGGUGGCUUGGACAUGUUGUACGAAUGUUGUCCCAGAGAAUUCCACGUCGUGCAUUAUUUGCCGACGCUGGGACUGGUUGGAAAAUGCGGAGAGGUGGUCAGUGUAUGACAUGGUGUGGUAUAAAAGAAAGCUGCAAAAAGCUGGUUUGUGUUAGUUUUUCACGACACCCUGGCUGGGGUCCUAGAUAUGGUGCAACACAAUGGCUCGAGACGUUAUCAGAUAUGGCUCAGAAUAGAAGCCAGUGAUGAUCCUACUGUAACCUUCUUUUACUUCGUAAAAAUUAGUUGUAUCUUCCUUAACUAAAAGAAUUCUUUCUGAUUGUAUCUUUCGGUUUCCCCCAUUAUUAAUAUUAUUUUUAUUAUCACAGUAUCAUACUUUAAUCUGUGGAUGCCAUUGUUUUCUCUUUUUUUUCUUAUACGUAACUUACAUUCUUGUUUUCUUCUCAUUCUUAUUGUUUUGUUUGGCGCAUAUAUAUCUGGUGCCCCCUUGUAACAAUAUUUGCGUGUUCAAAUAAAUGAAUAAUAUAAUGAAUAUGGCGAAGU